AUGAAUAACUCUCCAGUCAACUUUCCCGGUCAUGAGGCUUCAAUCAACUCCUCAACUACGUCCUUUAAACUAUCAGAUUAUCUGGAAAUAUCUUUGCACAGCCUUAACCUCCUGUUUGGUCUUCCUACACACAUCUAUGUUAUUCAUCUCAUCAUCACAGGAGCGGGAAGUGGAAUUGUGGCAGAGUUUUUAAUGCUUAAUCUCUCUGCUGGUGAAAUUGGGAUCUGUCUGGAUAGUUUGAUCUUUGUACUGUCAAUGUGGUUUCGGAGUCUCUCGAAAUUUGAAGGGUUUUUAGUAGGAUUUUCCAUCACCGGUCGUCCUCUAUUUCAGUGUCUGGUCUGUGUCGAGCGUUACCUGGCUGUGGUUCAUCCUGUAACCUUUCUAAAGUACAAACCUCUCAGAUAUAAAGUCAUCUGUUGCACUGCUGCCUGGAUCAUUUGUCUCGGAUCAUGUUUGUUCUGCAUGUUUACUAUAACUUCACAUUAUUUUGUCUAUGUAUGGUUCUUGACAAUUCAGCUUUUUGUCUUCCUCUCCAUUAAGUUGUUUUGCCUUUCGGCUGUUCUCAGAGCUCUGAAGAAGUCAGGACCAGGAGAGAGAGGAAGAGAGAGAGAGGAGGAAAACCACAUGAAGAGAAAAGCGUUUUAUCUCAUUCUCAUAACUACUGUUACUACAGUUAUCUCAUAUGGUCCAUUUUCUCUCACAGGACUAUAUAACAUUGUGACACACACUAACAUAGAUUAUCCAAUGGUAGGAAAUGGAGAUGUAAUGUCCCCUCACCACGGUUACUGUACCACUGCUGAAGUGGCCAGGUCUCUUAUGCUCGGCUCCUCAGUGAAAGGCUGA